AUGGAUAUUCUUCGAUGGAGAAGAAAGAAGGAAGUCUCAUCCCGGAUGGAUGACCGCUUUGGAGAUCCAUCAAUAUCCGCGCCUACUCAAGGAUCGUGGAAUGAGAUGCCUCCUCUUCGGCCCGUGAAAACGGAGCUUGCGCCAACAGAUAAAGUCGGCCGAUUCAAGUCUUUCUUGCGUUCGCACACGGUCGAUUCACCUGAUUAUUCUAUUAGCACUGUUGAACGUGCCAAUUUCCCCCGGCACCCGAUGGUAGAUAUGCAAAAUCACCAACGGUCCGUUUCGGUCGACAGAAUCCAGGAACGAAUGAACAACAAUAGCCAUGGAAACGGCAGCACGAGCAGACCACGCUUAUCUUCAAGCCCGCAGGUGCAUAGAGUAUCAUCAUAUGACUCGCUCACGGGCUCUGACGAAGACGAAAGUGAGCAUAAUGGCCAUGGAAGAGACUCAAGGGACAGACGAGACAGGCGAGACAUGGUGCGGCACUCUCGGAGUCGCUCACAAGAAGAGCACUGGCAAGCGCACCUACAGCACAAAGCUCCUCAUCGCAAUGCACAGCAUAAAUCGCCUCCGUUAUCUUCAACCGCAAUUAUGCGUCGGUACAGCUCUCAAAGCGAGUCCACGCGCACAUAUAACUCGACACCUUCAACAGCUACCUUCAGCUCGCAACACACGAGUGUGACAACUCCUGGAUUGCACGGAUUUUCCGGGUCUCUAGUGCCACCUCUGCUGAAAGAGGAGGAAUAUUAUCCGGGCCUCAAUCACUACGCUCAUGAACCUCUUCCUCCUAUCCCUUCCAUUCGGAAUAAUAGGGCCGGUACUCGCACCUCGCCUUCAUCUUCCCCCCCUUCGGCAUCUAAUAGUGCCUCUCGAGGAUACUCGCGUGGUGCACGCUCCAACAAACGGCAUCACACAGUCCCAGUUGGCCCGCAGGAGCUGGUGCCAUCCAAUGAUGAAUUAUGGGGGUACUGA